AUGGAUUUGGUGUCCUCUGUCUUUGGAUCCAUUGCUCACUGGAUGGACAUCCAGAGUCUGCUCCUCUUCACCGUGCUCUUCCUCCUCAUAGCAGAUUAUGUCAAGAACCGUCGGCCCAGCAGCUUCCCUCCUGGACCCUGGGCAUUGCCGUUUGUGGGGAACAUAUUUACUGUGGACUUCAACAGGGCCCACAAGACUCUGACUCAGUUAACAGAGACAUAUGGAGAUGUGUACAGCCUGAGAAUGGGACAGACAUGGAUGGUGGUGUUGAAUGGUUUCCAGAUCGUGAAGGAGGCUCUGGUAACACAGGGAGACAGCCUGGCAGACCGUCCAAUACUUCCUCUUCAGAUGGAUGUUUCCCGCUUCCUGGGUUUAGUUUUCAGUAAUGGACAUUUAUGGAAGCAGCAAAGGCGCUUUGCACUUUCGACCCUCAAAUACUUUGGAGUUGGCAGGAAAUCCCUGGAACAUGCCAUUCUGGAUGAAUUUACAUAUUCUGGUAAAAACAUCGCUGACCUGAAAGGCAAACCCUUUAAUCCCCACUUAAUCAUCAACAAUGCUGUGUCCAACAUCAUCUGCUCCCUUGUUUUUGGUCAUCGCUUUGAGUAUGAGGAUGAGUGGUUCAUAAAACUCAUUAAGAGAUUUGACAGCGCUCUUCAGAUUGAAGCUUCUAUUUGGGCGCAGCUCUACAACUCCUUCCCUUUGCUGAUGAGACGUUUGCCGGGACCACAUCAUACUGUCCAGCAGUUCUGGCGUGAAACGAUUGAAAUGAUACAAUCAGAGAUUAAAGAACACAAAAAGGACUGGAACCCUGCAGAGCCGAGAGACUACAUCGACUGCUACCUGACAGAGAUUCAAACGAGAAAGGGAGAUGCUGAGUCCACUUUCAAUGAGGAGAACCUGGUGAUGUGUACCUUGGAUCUGUUUAUUGCUGGCUCCGAAACCACAUCCACCACCCUGCGCUGGGCCUUCCUCUACAUGGCAAAGUACCCCGAGAUUCAGGAAAAGGUCCAGGCGGAGAUAGACAGAGUGAUUGGACAGUCCAGACAGCCAUCCAUGAUGGACCGUGCUAAUCUUCCUUACACUGACGCUGUCAUCCAUGAGGUCCAGAGGAUUGGCAACAUAGUUCCUCUCAGCCUGCCUCACAGCACCAACAAGAACAUCCAGCUGGGAGACUACACCGUCCCAAAGGGUGUUGUAAUAAUUCCCAAUCUGACUUCGGUGCUGUUUGACAAGAGGGAAUGGGAGACACCAUACACCUUUAACCCAGGACACUUUCUAAAUGAGGAGGGCAAGUUUGUGAAGCGAGCUGCUUUCAUCCCUUUCUCUGCUGGUAAACGGGUGUGUCUGGGGGAGAAUCUGGCUAGGAUGGAGAUUUUCCUCUUCUUCACCUCCUUCAUGCAGCAGUUCACCUUCUCCAUGCCUGCUGGCAUGAAGCCUGUACUUGACUACUGCUUUGGGAUCACUCUGGCACCAGCUCCCUAUGAAAUCUGUGCCACCCUGCGUCGAGAGUAG